AUUCAUGGCGUUUUCCUGCCUUCCUCUUCUUCACCCCCUCUACUACUGCGGUGCUGGGAGGAUGGUACACACUCCAUCAUGACCUCAUCUAUUUCCCCCGAGUCCGAAUCGGCCGGCACGCGACCGGUCUACAGGGUCUACAAGCGUCGCUUUUGGGGGCUGGCCCAGCUGGUGCUGCUGAAUAUCGUCGUCAGUUGGGAUUGGCUCACCUUCUCCUCCAUCUCCACCACCGCCGCACAGUACUUCGAUGUCUCGGAGAGCGCCAUCAACUGGAUGAGCACGGGUUACCAGUUCGCCUUCUGCGUCGCCAGCCCAUUCGUCAUCUGGAUCCUCAACAAAGGCGGCCCCAAACCCGCCAUCAUCACCAGCGCCACGCUCCUGCUGGUCGGCAACUGGCUGCGCUAUGCUGGCACCAGAGCCAACGGCGGCAUCUUCGGCCUCGCCAUCGACCUGUGGUUCUCGGAUCGGGGUCGCACCAGCGCAACGGCGCUGGCUAGUCUGGCGAACCCCUUGGGCGCAGCGCUGGGGCAGUUGAUUGAUUCGGCGUGGGCGACUAAACCGUCCGAGAUCCCGGACAUGGUGUUGUAUAUCUCCGUCAUUUCAAGCGUCGCAUCGAUCCCAUCCUUCUUCCUCCCCGCCGCACCACCCACACCCCCUAGUGCCUCCGCCGCCGCCGCAUCCGCCAUCCCACGCACGCCGCUCAUCCCCGCAAUGCGCCAACUCCUCAGCACGCUCGAGUUUUGGCUAAUCCUAAUCCCCUUCUCCGUAUACGUGGGAUUCUUCAACAGCGUAUCAUCGCUACUGAACCAAAUCCUCAGCCCGCACGGGUUCAGCGAGACCGAAGCCGGGAUCGCAGGCGGCAUCCUGAUCGUAGUCGGCCUGGUUAUGGCAGCGAUCGUCUCGCCACUAACAGACCGGUUCAAAUACUACCUCGGCACCAUCCGCGUGCUGAUCCCCAUCAUCGCGGCGUCGUAUAUCGGAUUGAUCUUUGCCCCCGGCAGUUCCGCGGGCAUUGCGCCCUCGUACGUCGUCAUGGCGAUUAUAGGCGCGUCCUCAUUUGCGCUGUUGCCCGUUGUGCUGGAGUAUCUCGUUGAGAUUACAUAUCCCUUUUCACCGGAGAUCGGGAGCACCAUGUGCUGGACCGGCGGGCAGUUGCUCGGCGCGUGCUUUAUUCUUAUCCAGGACGCGCUCAAGGCGGGUGCGCUAGCGCAUCCUGCGUUCAAUAUGCGCAAUGCGCUUAUAUUCUCGGCUGUUGUCGCUGUUGUUGCUGCGCCGCCGCCCAUGGUGAUUGGCUUGUUUGGGCGCGUGGUGAAGCGCCGUCGGUGGGAUAUCGAUCGUGGUCUCGAGAUGCGGGUUCCGGACACCGCGGACGCAGACGGUCCGGGGCGAGAAGAUGCGGACAAGGCUGGCUCUGAGAUUGGCGUGGUCCAUUCGUCUCCUUCACAGAACCAGACUGCCCCUUAG